AUGGAUUCUGCGGAUAAGCCGUUGCUUAUCGAGCCUCUCGUGAGCGUGGAAGAUGACGCACCCGUCUUGAACGACGAAAAGUCGCCGUUGCAACCUAUCGCGCCGGACAACGACCCAGUUGUUGACAGGCUCUUUGGCAGUCUCGAAGGCGGAGAACGUAUCGGAGAGCCCGCUGAGCCGGAGCAGCGAGAACCAGAACAGAGGCCGCGAAGCGCGACUGUUGACGAGCAGGUAAAGCAGUUCUUCGGGCAGGCAUCUCCUGUUACGGUCGGUGAUGCACCCGCAACCGAACACGCAGACGAGUCAUCUUUGUUCACACCCGUCGACACCAGCGACGCGCCAAUUGAGCUUAAUAGACGCUCGGAGUCGCUUGAACCUCCUCCUAUGAAACGUGAGAACGAUACGCGUGGCAUUCACUCUCGCAAUUCAUCAAUCGGCUCGGCAGCUCUUGGCGAUAUUCUGAGUACGCCUGCUGGUGGGGAAGAACGGUCUGCCCCAGCCAAGGAGGAAACGACAACUAGCGAUCCGGACGCUCCGCCAUACAACCCGAGUCCUGCUGUUGUGCCGGAGACUGCGGAGCCAUUCGAAGUUGAAAGAGGUGCCGAAGAGAAUCCUUUGCCGACCCCGAACGAUCCGUCGGCGUCUUUCGCUCCGCAAGACCCUGAACAGCGAAACGUGAUCGAGGAGACUGCGCGGGAAGCGCCUGCCCACGCUUCUGAACCAACGGCAGCUUUUGAAGAAGAAGAAGUCAAGCUACAUACCGCUUCACCGCUAUUGCCCGUCGCAGAAGAAAUGCAGCCAGUGCAGACGCCCCCUCCGACCGCUCCGGUGGACCCACAGGCAGCACCCAGCGAGGACCCAGCAAUCAUCGCAGAAGACACAGACGCCAUCACCACAGAACCAGCACCUAUGCCAAAUCUAGAAGUCAUUCCACCCUCCGACGGUCCAAAUCCAAAGAAAGACGCAGACACGGCUGAGGCACCACAGCACAGCUCCGACCGAACGAUGAGCAUGCACUCCCCAGCCCGAAACUCAACCACGGAGGAUAAACUGGCACCGCCUGAGACACCCCUUCCUGGGUCGCGGAAGCGGAGACGUUCGCACACGGGAGAGGAUAGUGCUGACGAACGUCAAGAUCAUGAUACUUCCUUCGAGGGCCCGGAGGAGAAUGUGAGUCCGGCAACGAUAAACAAGAGGAGUGAGCGGGCGACGAAGAGGUUGGCGAUGGAGGUCUCACAGCCUUCUGCCGACCUAGGCCUCCGUCAAUCAACACGUCUAGCGACACAGGCCUCAUUACAAAGCGCAAAAGCUGGUCCAUCUCCGCACUCGAAGCCAGCUGUUAAGCGUGGUCCACCUAUCUCAAUGACGGAGCUUAGCGCAGACGGUGACGAGUACCUCCAGCUCGAAUACGAUUCUGCUGGCGAGAAGAAGAUUACGGCUUCGGGUGAGUUAUUGGGUGGUCGUCGGUAUAAGCUGAAGACGUUCCAUUACGGGGUUAACAAUAAGCUUUACAUGCUGGCUACGGAUGUUGCGCGGUUGUUUCAGUACCGCGAUUCUUAUCUCUUUUUCAACAAGAAUAAGUAUUUGCUCAAGGUUUCUACAACACAAGAGGACAAAGAUGAGAUGAUCUCCCGGGGCGUGAUCCCACAGAACUACCGUUCUCGCACGAUCUCCUUGGUAACCGCUCGCUCGAUCUUCUUACAUUACGGUGCUCGAAUCAUCGAGGACGGACGUCACAUUAUCGAUGAUUACUUCGAGGAACGCGCAAAGGAGAACGGGAUGACCGAAGAUGACUUUGCGGACCCCGCGGACGCAAAUAUGGCUCCUCCCCGUAACAACGGUCCCGGUGUGACGUUCGCGCAGGACAAAACCAGGCUAAAGGACUACCUCGAUACAUCACGUCCAACCUACGAAGCUGUUGGUCCAGCAUAUGUGGACCAAACAAAGGCGAGUGAUGCGGCUAAGUUGUUGGAGGCGGCGAAGAGUGCGGCGGCGUACAAUAAGAUUGUGAGUACGGGACGAAAGGGAAGGCAGGAAAUGUUCAUGAACUUCUUUAAGCCAAGAGUGACGCAGAGGAAGCCGGAACCAGUACUGAUGGCACCGCCGCAUAGAACGCCCAUGCAGACUCAUGCCUCUGUAGCUGGUCAGUCUCCGUUCCGUGCGCAGCGUUCGCAUCAUGCGCAUGCCGGCUGA